AUCCCAGGAAGGAAGGGGGGGGGAGGACGGGCCCCGCCGAGGGAGACGGAAAUGAGAGGGAGGAGGGAGGGGAGUCCGGAGAGGAAACCCCAUCCCUUUAAGAGCGAGUGGGACAUAGCGGUGCGAGGAAAAGGAGAGGAGGGGGAGAAGAAAGAGGAAUUAAAAAAGAAAAGGAAGAAAGAGACAGGGAGGGAGGAGGGAGAGCGGGCGAUAAAAAAAGAAAGAUGACAUCCUCGCAGCUGAACGGCCGAGGUGGAGCGAUGGGCUGCGGCCCGGCGACAGCGCCGCUCGCCGGGGUCAGAGCUUGAAACCAACAGCGAGGCUUCGACAAACACCCGAGUGGCCUAUUGAGAGGAAAUCGGGGAAAAUAUAGAUCCACAAAUUAAAAGCAAAGCAUGGGCUGCCGUGCCGCCAGACGCGUGUGUUAUUACCCAUAUUUGCUUCCGUGCGUAAAAGCGCAUUUAUUUUACGCAGAUUGUUUUUUUGUUUGUUGCUAAAGUGUAACACCGAGCCGUGCGGGGUUUGUUUUUGUUUCUUUUGGUUAUUUCUGACAGAGUUUAACAGCGCGCUGUUGCGUUUUCAGGGAGAUUCGAUGAAUUAAAGUUAGAAAUCAAAGUGAACGGAGGAACAGGCCCGUGCUGCAGCUGGCCUGCUCCGCCGCCGCUGCCUCCCUGUGCGCACACGGCAGCCCCGCGUUAGCCAUCGGCUGCGUGCAUGUUAAUGUCGGAGCAUUAGGCCGCCUCGAUGAGAACAGCACAUUUCUGCAGACCACUUCAUCCACGUUUUGCGACAGAAUCCGGGAGGCCGUGGUUUGCGCUGCAGGACGCACGGCCGUGUGCGCCUCCACCAUCGCUGGGCCCAGUCACACCAUGCACAGGAUCUCGAUCUCAAUCAGGAACUGACUUUAUAAUCUCCAUCGCCGUGGCGCAAAAUGGAUGCUGCUUGGAGCAAUUUUCUCUUCCAGCAUACUCCCACCCAAAACCAAGUGGAGGGGAGUCUCCAAUCAGAGCUCAUGCCCGUGCAUACGAGUUCUCCCCAAACCCCACCCACAGAGCACAUAGCACAGCCUCCUUCUACUGUGGACACUGCUGCCCUCAAUGAGGAUCCCCUGCCCGUGAAGCCAGUGUCUCGGCCGACCCGCGUGCCCCACAUCUGUGCCAUCUGCAACAAGCAGUUCAAGAACAACUACAACCUGCGGCGGCACCAGUCGGUCCACACUGGGGUACGCAUGAAGGACAGGGCCAGAGAGCAGGCGGAGGGGGCAAAGGAGGGAGCAGCCGGCCAGGUGGCUGUGGCGGCCCCGUCGGUGAUGGCGGUGGGGGCCGGAGGGAGGACGGAGAGGCCCACUGUUCCCCUCUCCCUGCUCCACCUCUCCGCGCCUCCCCCUCUCGCCCCUCCCGGCGUGCUGGUGGGUGCACAGCAGCCUCCCCUGGGUAGUCAGGAUGGUGAAGGGGUUGCCAUGCCAAACCUAAUGGCUAGUGUUAACCCCCAUGCUCCGCCUCCUGCUGCUGUCGUCAUGGCCACAGGGGCGACAGUACAGCGGCCCUCGAAUCCCAACCCAAACCCGGUGAGGAAGAACCACGCCUGCGAGACAUGCGGGAAGGCCUUCCGCGACGUCUACCACCUCAACCGCCACCGCCUGUCACACUCGGACGAGAAGCCGUUCUCCUGUCCCAUCUGCCAGCAGCGCUUCAAGAGGAAGGACCGCAUGAGCCACCACGUGCGCUCCCACCAGGGCGGAGUGGAAAAACCCUACGUCUGUCCCCACUGUGGCAAGGCUUUCUCCAGGCCUGACCAUCUGAACAGUCACGUCCGACAGGUGCACUCCUCAGAGCGACCUUUCAAAUGCCCAACCUGUGAGUCCAGCUUUGCCACGAAGGAUCGCUUGCGUGCGCAUAUGAUUCGCCACGAGGAGAAGGUCCCCUGCCACAUCUGUGGAAAGCUCCUGUCUGCUGCUUACAUCACAGAUCACAUGAGGGUGCACAACCAGUCGCAGCACCACGCCUGCCACCUCUGUAACCGCAGUUUUACCACACUGACGUACCUCCGUGUCCAUGCCCAGAAGCACCAUGGCCAGGAGUGGAAAGACAGUCCAGGGGGCUUUGGCGGCACAGCCUCCGGUGGCGUACUCGUCUGCCACUUGUGUGGCGUCCACUGCAAGACGCCCACACAGCUCCAGGGGCACAUGGGCACCCAUGGCAACAGCCACGGUGCCCCGAGCCCCGUCACCUCUAACGUGGCUGCCAGCAGCUCCGUCUCCCUUAGCAACAUGGUGACAGCACCCACUGUGUAUGUCACCGGCAACACGGUGGUGGACCUGCUUGUCACAGACUGCUCUAGCAUUGCAGCACCGCAGCAACACAGUUAGCAAUAGAGAGCCCAGCAAUAAUAAUCUCAGUCUCUUAGUGGAGGGCAAGGUUAGAGAAGGUCGGAGUUACUCGUAGAUGCUGAUCCGGUUUCAGUUUUGUCAUGUCCCCACUUCUAGGUAAGGUCAGAAUCGAGGGUGGGGGAGAUUAACACCAGUCAGUCGGCUCAGCGCUGCGGAGCUGGAGAACCGGAGGAAAAGGAUAUGUUGUAUUAAUAGAGCGAUGAAGUCAUGGAAAAAGGGACCGUUGUGGCUGCAGCAGGUUCACGGACACCAACGACAAACAUGGAUGUGUCGUCCAAAUAUUCCUGAAUGCUCUCGUGCAUUAAAGACUCCAAUGAAACUGUGGUAUUGUGAGCAUCUACUGUAUUACUCUCCCCUCUCUGCCCUCUCUCUCUCUUUGGCUGCUCUCUGCAAGUGCACCAAGUACUGUAUAUCUCACACCAGCUCUGAUCUUACCUCCAUUUUGCAGCUCACGUACUGAGAAUCCAAAUGGCUCGCGUUUUUAAAAAGUAGGCUGAGAGAAGAACCCUACAUAAACAUAAAAGAGAGACACAAUAGUCGGAAAGUUGCGUGCUUGGGUGUGUGUGUGUGU